AUAGAGGAAUCCAAGCUGACAGCUUCCCUAAUAGAGCAUGAGUAACUCGGCUCGAGAAGCAGGCAAGCGUUGGAUUGCAGCAGAAUUUUCACUUCGACGUUUUCAAGAGCAUGUUUAGGAUUUAGCUCGUUUUCUUUCGACGGCUUGUCAGCAUCCGAGACGAUCUCUAAAAAUGCACCCGAGAAUCGACUUGGAACAUUGGAGGGAAUUCUUCUUUUUCUGCCUGAUCUUUUCUGUGUCGUCCGGAGAGGUCCGUUACGUCCUCCCCGAGGAGAUGCAGCCGGGUUCUGUCAUCGGGAACGUCGCACGGGAUCUGGGUCUGGAAAUGGGGGAGCUGGGUGCUCGUCGUGCCCGCGUUAUUGCGGACGGAAGCAGCCAGCUGUGCGAGCUGGACCUGUCGUCGGGCGAUCUUUUGAUCCGCCAGCGGAUCGACCGAGAGGAGCUCUGCGCGCAAGGCAGCGUGUGUACCGUCCAGAAUCAGCUUUUACUUCAGGACCCGCUUCAAGCCUUCGCUCUGCUUUUAGACAUUGCAGACAUUAACGACAAUACUCCAGCGUUCGCCGCGGAGGAGAUCAACCUCGAUUUGGUCGAGUCCACAGUUCUCGGGAGACGUUUUCCGCUGGAGAGUGCGCAUGACCCCGAUCUGGGCACAAACUCCGUCAGCGAAUACAAAUUGAGCCCGAAUGACCAUUUUGCCCUGGAACUGAGUACCCAAAUCAACGGAAAUGCAUAUCCGGAGCUUGUUCUUAAAAAGGCGCUGGACCGAGAGGCGCGAGCCGAACAUGUGCUGAAAAUCAACGGCAUUGACAAGGGAAGUCCAGCCAGAACCGGGACCGCUUCUAUCCGCAUCCGUGUUUUGGACGCCAACGAUAAUGUGCCGGUUUUCAGUCAACGGGUUUACAGAGCGUCUGUUCCGGAAAACUCUGUCACGGGGACUUUGAUAGCGCAACUGAAUGCCACGGACUUGGAUGACAGUCUGUAUGGAGCGAUAACAUACUCCUUCAGUCACCUGACGGACAAGACCAGAGGAGUUUUUCACAUCGACCCGCUGAGCGGUGAAGUUGGCGUGGCGGGCGUCCUCGACUACGAGGAGGCCAGCACUCACGAGCUGGACGUCCAAGCCAAAGACGGAGGCGGCCAGGCCUCCCACUGCAAACUUCUCAUCGACGUCAUCGACGUCAACGACAACAAACCCGUGAUCGAGAUCAAGUCGGCGUCGGCCGACAUGCCGGAAGACUCCACGGCGGGAACAAUGGUGGCCCUCAUCAAUAUUUAUGACACGGACACUGGAAAUAGCGGACACGUCACGUGCUCGGUUCCCGACAAUGUCCCGUUUCAAAUAGUAUCGGGAGUGAAAAAUUAUUAUAUGUUGGUGACGGCCGGGACGCUCGACCGAGAGGUUCAAUCGGCGUAUAACGUUUCUGUUACCGCCACCGACUCGGGCUCUCCCCCACUCGAGAGCGUCAAAGUUUUAUCAAUCGUGGUUCAUGACGUAAACGACAACGCCCCCAUUUUUACGCAGAGCCGGUACACCGCCACCAUCUUGGAAAAUCAACCCGUUGGCACGUUUGUUAUGAAACUGAUAGCGCAAGACGCCGACGACGGUUCCAAUGCGAAGUUAAUGUACCAACUAUCAAAAGAAACAAAUUCAGAUGUUUCCUCUUUCCUUACCAUCAACACGGAAACGGGAGAGCUUUUCACGUCGCGGCUCUUCGAUUACGAGCAGUCGGUUUACUUCCAAAUCACGGUGGAGGCGAGAGAUGGCGGCGACCCCCAACUCGCCACCAGCUGCACCGUCAACGUUUUUAUCCAAGACCAAAACGACAACGCGCCGGUGGUUCUGUAUCCUGCGCAAGCCUUCGUCGCUGAGGACGUGGUGCCCCUCGAAGCGCCGAGAGGCUACCUGGUGACCAAGGUGGUGGCGGUAGACGGCGACUCGGGCCACAACGCCUGGUUGUCCUACAGAAUCGUCAAAGAAACCCAGCCCGAUCUGUUUACGGUGGGCUUGCACACGGGCGAGAUUCGAACCUCGCGAGCCUUCGUGGAGCUCGAUGAACGGAAGCAAACGAUCGUUAUCGCGGUCACCGAUAACGGGCCGGGUGCCCUGUCUGCCACAGCCACACUUAGUAUCGCCAUUGGCGAGGGCUUGCCCGUUCUGCAAGAACUCUUUGAGGUGGCCGAUGAACCUCAGGGCAACGGUAACCUGAGGCUCUUCUUGAUUGUCGCCCUGUUCACUGUUUCUUUUCUCUUAAUUCUUUUAAUCGCCGGAGUGUUUUAUUUUAAGCUUUGUCGCCGUAGUUACGUGUACCGCUCCACCGCCGACGGUCUCCCCGUUUUCCCCACGACAUACUACCCACCGAGUUUCACAGAUUUCAGUGGCUGUGGGACAUUGCUGCAAGACGAUCGCUACGAUCCCUUUCUGACCACCGGCUCGUGGAGAGGCGACUUUCGCUUCGGCUCAAACACGGACACGGACACCCUCAAGAAAAGGAGCGCGGCUUAUCAAAAGAGCGCGCUUCGGCGCACCAGUGCAGACAGAGCUACCUUAAAGGUUCGGGCCGGCCCCUCACAUCCUUGUUAUGUGGUCACUUGAAAACUGGCUGCAAGGAUUGCACAUGUAGUAGAUGUCAAAAGUUGACACACCCCGGUUCCCAUGCUCGGUUUUUGUGAUUUUAAAAAGUGAGACCAAGAUAAACCAUUUUUAAACUUUUUCCUACCAUUUAUGUGACCUAUAAUCGAGACCACUCAAUUGAAUCAAGAACAUGACAUCUUUUCGAGAGGGAAGUAAAAAUAAAUGACUAAAAUGAUGUGCUUGCAAAAGUGUGCACACCCUCCUAUACUGGGAUUCGGCUGUGUUUAUAGUUAAAAUUUAUGUUAAAUGGGAGUCACUAAUUAAAGUAACUUCAAAUAAAGUUCAGGUGUUCGGGUAGGUUUUUUUCUAACAUUUGUUUUGCUUUCGAGCAGAAGCCUCUGAAGGGUUUGUGCCGACACUGACUGCUCUUUGGAACUGUUCAUAAUUCCCUCCACCUUGACUAAGGCUCCAGUUCCACUUUAAGAAACGUAACCUCAAACCUUGAUACUUUCACCUCCAUGCUCGGUGGGCUUUUGGUGAUUUUGUGGUUGUGUUAGAGCUAAACCAACCUUUUGUAAUUAUGGCCACAAGUUUCAAACUUGGAAUCAUUGGGCCAGAACACAUUUUCCCACAUGUGUUUGGGAGAUUUUGUCAUCACAGUCUGAUGAAAUCGAGGUUGAAUUUUUUGAACCGUCGUUCCAAAAGGUAUAUUUGGCGCAAACGCAACACUGCUCAUCACCAAAAGAACAACAUACCAGCAGUGAAGCUUGGUGGUGGCAGUAUCCUUCUUUGGGGCGUCAGGAGCGGGAGUCUUAGUCACGGUGAAGGGAAUUGUGAACAGUUCCAAAUCGUAGUCGGUGUUAGCACAAAACCUCCAAGCUUCUGCUAGAAAGCACACACACACACACACACAAAAUGUCAGGAAAAGCCUACUUGAGCUUAUUUGGGGUUAAUCAGAGUUACUUGUGUGUGACAGGUGUGUUCUGUCUCACAUUUAACAUGAGUGUGAAUUUGAUUGGUUCAUUCUGAACACAGCCCCGCCGUCGCCAAUUAUAAGAGGGUGUGCACACUUGUGCAAUCACAUCGCAGAUGUUUGUUUUGACUUCCUCUCUCUAAAUUUAGAUAAAAAAAAAAAAACAGUUUCAUUUGA